GAGUCAGGAGGCGAAGUAAUAAUGCUAGUAGCGGCCCUUUGAAACAGUGACGUUAUUAGUUCUAUCACAGCACAAUUCCAAUACUGUUCUUUGUCCUUUGUUCAAAUACUUCCAAGCUCGACACGCCUUCCUACUUAAAUCCUUCUCUCAUUCUCUCUGCUGCCUGCCAGUGCUUUACGAAGGACCCUGGGUCACAAUGGCACUAUCUCGUUCAGCUCGCAUCACACUCUUGCUUGUCAUUGAUAUCCUAUUCUUCUUCUUGGAACUCGUCGUCGGUUAUGUUGUCGGCUCCCUGGCUCUCGUCACCGAUAGUUUCCACAUGCUCAAUGAUGUGAUGAGUUUGGUUGUCGCAUUGUAUGCUAUCAAGUUGACAGGAAAGACCGCCGACCAUUCUCGUUACUCCUAUGGCUGGCAAAGGGCCGAAAUUCUUGCGGCUUUAACCAAUGGUGUUUUCCUACUUGCAUUGUGUUUCUCCGUUAGUUUGCAGGCAGUGGAACGCUUCUUUAAUAUUGAAGAUGUAUCGCAUCCACUUCUCGUGGUUAUAGUGGGAUCUUGCGGUCUGGCCUCAAACAUUUUCGGAUUUCUUUUGUUCCAUGAACAUGGUCACUCUCAUUCGCAUGGUCAUUCUCAUGGCAACAAGGAGAUCAACCAUGUACAUGCAUCACAUGCAACGCACGCCAUUGUCGACGACAACCCCAUUCAGGACUCAUCGGCCACAGUUCGUGGUCGCACAGGGUCUUACUCCUCGAUGUACGGACACCCAGCCGCUACCCGAGCUGCAGUUUCGCAAGCCGCGCAGGAUAUUGCCAUAGCCUCCCCUAGUUCACACCAGCGAAACGCCUCAUCAUCAUCUCGUUCUAUCCGGAUGGUUCCUGACGGUUCGGUAGAAAUAAACAUUAUAGAGACUCCUCUCGAUGGCAAGCAAGACAAAAUAGAAUCCUUCACGAUAGAGGCCCCACUUCCGAGUGGUCACAGUCACAGUCAUGGUCAUUCACAUGGGUCAAUGAAUAUGCGCGCUCUAAUGCUUCACGUCAUGGGCGAUGCCCUCGGAAACAUCGGUGUGAUUGUGACAGGUCUCAUUAUCUGGCUCACUAAGUGGAGUGGUCGGUUCUACCUCGAUCCUGCAGUCAGCAUCAUCAUCACUAUUAUUAUUUUCACAUCUGCAUUACCUCUAGUUCGGAAUGCCUCGUUCAUCUUACUCCAAGGAGUUCCACACACUGUAUCGCUCGAAGACGUGCGCGAUUCCAUCCUGAAAGUAGACGGCGUCCUAUCAGUACACGAACUUCACAUCUGGCAACUUUCAGAAUCCAAGAUCGUCGCAUCCGUACACGUCAUGGCCUCGAGGAAUCACGAUUUCAUGCCAAUCGCUGCGGACAUACGCAAGGCUCUGCAUCUGAACGGCAUUCAUUCUAGCACUAUUCAGCCGGAAUACCACUAUCGUCCUGCUAUCACCAGUGAGGAUGAUCUGAAAACAUCUGUAGAUUCGCCUUGCUUGAUCCUCUGCCCCGAAGACCAGCAUUGCGACCCCCUGGAGAACUAUUGCUGCCCGCCGCCGCCGCCCAGUGUGUAGACACAGCCGUAGUACUUUUAUACCUUAUUCUACGUCAUUAGA